AUGCAUCACAAGAAAUCGGAGGUUCAGAUCGGAAAAGAUAGCAGCGGUGUCUCUUCCGAUUUCAAUCCGACCCCAACGAUUCAGAAUCAAUCUCCUCAUAAAAUCUCCAUUUUCGAAUUGAAUCAACAUUCUUCUGGUUCUUCACUCUGUUCUUCGUCUUCAUUAUUAUCGACACAGUCGCCUGAUAAUGAUGUUACCACGACAACCACAAGUACCAGCCCUAAUCAUGAACAUCAAAUCUUGAUCGACGACGGUGAUUUUGAUUAUGAUUCACUUGCCGGACCGACUCCUAGAUCAACACCUCACAAACGGUCUGUUUUCUCCCAAACCACACCAACUUCCUUUUCAAAUUCCCUAGCGAAAUCACCUAACUUCUCCUUUUCGUCUAAAAACCGGCGGUUUUACAACACAAAAUCCACCGUCAUCCACCUCCUCAACCGUCUCCGUCACCUCCGACGCCUCCGUACUCACCUCCGUUUAAUCCUCUUACUAUCUCUCCCGUUUUUCUACUUCUUGGUAUCUCACCCUAGUCAUUCCUUCUUCCUCGAUUUCCUAUCGGCAUUCGCUUUCUCAGCUGCGUUAUUAUUCUCCCUCAAUCUCGCCCUCCCUCGCCUCCCUUCAAUCCGAUUGUUUCUUGCCAGAUCUUUCCCAAUCAAACUCACAUUAUCAGACAAGGUCUCCAAAUCACCAUUGCCGGUGUUCUGGUCAAUCGGUUCCAAUUCCAAAACAAAAGGCGAUCAUAUUCAUAAAUGGAAUUCAGGUUGUUGGGUGCAGGCAUACAACAAUGGUGAUGUAUACGAGGGUGAGUUUCACAAAGGCAAGUGCUCUGGUUGUGGCGUUUACUACUAUUACAUGAGUGGGAGAUACGAAGGCGAUUGGGUUGAUGGAAAGUACGAUGGUUAUGGUGUAGAGACAUGGGCAAGGGGAAGCCGGUAUAGGGGUCAGUACAGGCAAGGAUUGAGACAUGGAUUUGGUGUGUAUAGAUUCUACACCGGAGAUGUUUAUUCCGGUGAAUGGUCAAACGGUCAAAGCCAUGGAUGUGGAAUCCAUACUUGUGAAGAUGGUAGUAGAUAUGUCGGAGAAUUCAAAUGGGGUGUUAAACAUGGUCUUGGCCACUACCAUUUCAGGAAUGGGGAUACAUACGCUGGAGAAUACUUUGCAGAUUUUCUGCAUGGAUUUGGAGUAUACAAUUUUGCAAACGGGCAUAGAUAUGAAGGAUCUUGGCAUGAAGGAAGAAGACAAGGGCUUGGUAUGUACACUUUCAAAAAUGGUGAAACCCAAUCUGGGCAUUGGCAAAAUGUCCAGGAAGCAAGAAGAUCAGCAGAGAAAGCAUAUGAUGUAGGGAAAGUGGAUGAAAGAGUUAACAGGGUGGUGGCUGCCGCCAAUAGAUCAGCUAAUGCCGCUAGAGUGGCAGCGGUGAAGGCAGUACAGAAAAACCUGCCUAACCAGAGUGAUGGUGAUGGUGAUGGUCAUCCUAAGAUCUAUCAACUGUCAAACUAA